AUGGCAUUUUGGAACUUUAUUAAACCUUGCUCUGAGUCGCUGAUGUCGUGGAACACAGCACGCGAAAAAGUUAAAGGAAGCUCCGCAAACAAUGCUAAUCCAUUUCCUUUUUUGCAAGGACAGGAGAAACAAAGAAAUAGAAAGAGAGAAAUAGAGCCCAUCGAUCAGCUGUGGUUGUUUCUAACAAGGGUUCGUCUUGGCUUAUUCGAGCGUGACUUGGCACACAGAUUUAGUGUCUCUGUAAGUACAGUGUCUGAUGUUUUUAUUACUUGGGCAAACUACCUUUACAUAAUGUUGGGAAGUUUGCCUGUAUGGCCUUCAAGAGACAAAAUAAAACAACACUUGCCAGAUUCUUUUAAAGGAAGGUAUGAAAACGUACGUGGAAUUCUUGAUUGCACAGAGCUGAAAUGUGAGUUGCCCAAGGAUUAUCAGAAGGACUCAGAAAUGUACUCAGACUAUAAAUCUCACGACACAUUUAAAGGGCUCAUCUGUAUUUCACCGAGUGGAUGGAUAACAUAUUUAGUCAGUUGUAUCCAGGGAGAAUAAGUGAUAAGGAAAUUGUGGAGAAGAGUAACUUCUGUCAGUUAAUUGAAAUGGGGGACCAAUACCUUGCAGACAAGGGCUUUGAGAUCCAUGACCUAAUGGCCCUCAGAGGAGCAAGUUUAUAUAUUCCUCCAAAGAGAUUUUCUGCCAAUGACCAGUUUACACAAAGCCAGUGUUUUGAGACCAUGAGUAUAGCAAAUGUGCGUAUUCAUGUUGAAAGAGCAAUUAAGCGAAUCAAGGCUUGGCAUAUUUUUAGUCAAGUUCUGCCUCUUUCCAGCUUUGGGUCCAUAAAUCAGAUCUGGACUGUAUGUGCUUUGUUAGUAAAUUUUCAAUAUCCAAUUAUUUCAGUUUAA